UUAUAAGCGAAGAGAAAAAAUUCCCUGCCCAAAAGAAACGCGGAAGUCGAAUUUUAACCGAACUAAUUUGCGUCGAGCGGGAAAUGCACCGCGCUCUCCAAACCGUGGAAAUUUUGGAUAUUUAAAAGAACUCAAACUUAAUUUCCAGCUCUGCACUUCCUUCUCGAAUCUUCAUAAAUUCAAAACUCUCGAAUCUGAGUUUUGAAUUUGAAUUUAGGGUUUCUCAGUGCUUCGAAAUUAAGUCGCUUCUCCAAGAAUUCUGGUACGAUGCCCAAGUCUGCGAAACGCCAACGGACCCGAAGCCAAAGCCGGGACGUUGACGACGCCGAGCAACUCAGAGCCGUGAAGCGCGAGAGGGUCAACGCCAACGCCGGCCGAGUUGAAAAUGAGUCGGAUUUCCCGAGUGAGCAAGACUCCGUUCAACGGCGAACCCUCCGGUCCGACUACCUCGCCGUCAAGAACCUCAUCAGUGAGAAAAGAGAUGAUUUAAUGUGUCCGGAGUCGGAGAGGUUCUGUCUAAUCAUCAAUAAAGUUGAGAAAUUGCACGAGCAAGUUCAGAAGCCAAGGGAACAAGUAGCAGAUGCAGAGGCGCUGCUGGACAUCACUAACACACUGUGGACGUCUGUUAAGUCACAGUCCAGUGCAGGAAUUAGCCCAUCAGACUUUGUUACUUGUGUGCUUAAUAAUUUUAAGCAAUUAAAUAGUUCAUUAGCCAGCCAAGAGGAUGCGCCUGUCUCAAUUAAGUGGAAGGAUAUUGGACUUGCUGUUUCACCCAUUUUCAAGAGGGCUCAUGGGUGUUGUACCAUGCUUGGACCCAUGAAUACCGAGUUGAAACAAAGGAAGGCUGUGGUUCGCAGCAAACAUGCAAAGCCAACCACAACUGAUCGACCUGAUGAGAUAGAUGAUACUCAGGGAGAAGAAAAAACUGAUACUGACAAGAACAUGUCAACAAUGUUUGACAUUCUUAGAAGGAACAAACGGGUUAGACUUGAAGGCUUGAUACUAAAUAGGAAGUCUUUUGCACAGACAGUGGAGAACUUAUUUGCUCUGUCAUUCUUAGUCAAAGAUGGCCGGGCUGAAAUAACUGUGGAUGCAAAUGGUUCUCAUCUUGUUUCACCUAGGAAUGCUCCUGCUGCCAAUUUAGUGGCAUCACGUGAGGUGGUUUAUGACCAUUUUGUGUUCCGAUUUGAUUUCAAGGACUGGAAGUUAAUGAAGGAUAUGUUGCCUGUUGGCGAGGAGCUGAUGCCACAUAGAAGCCCCCCAAACUCCUUACCUGCAUCUCAAGAGGAACCAGCAGCAUACAGUUCCCAAACAGCCUUACCCACAACCCCGAUUCGAAAACUUUCCAGAAAUCGUGGCCGGCUUGUGCAGGAAGAAUCAGUUGUAGAAGAAUCUCCUGAAAAUGAUGAUGCUGCUGGAACCAAUGUCGUUCGCAGGAGUAAGCGCAAGCUUUGAUGAAGAGAGACUAGCUAGAUAACUGCCAUUUAUGCUCUAUGGUUCGGUAACUUCAGUUACCUGCUCCAUGUCUUUUUGAGUCCUAUAGUGUAAAUUGGAUUAGGAAGAUUGCCUUGUGCUUAGAAGUCUGUUUUGCAUUAGGUUGGCUUUUGAUGUUUUGACCCUUUUGGAGUUCGUUGACUUGUGCCACUAGCGUUCUACUCAUUGUAAGCGUACCCUCUACUGGACUCGGAUCGGAUUGUAAAAAUGUGCAGGCUUCAUGUAUAAUAUGUUCCUUGUGACAUUAGAGAAAGAAAAAUGUAACUUUUGUAACA